AUGUGAAGAAUCCCCCCGAGGUCUGACUGAUGUGAUGGUGAGAGAGCCCAGGCUGGGUGUGGGGUUUCUCAGUUCUAAGCGGUGGCACCGAGUGCCUAACUGGGGAAAUCCGGGAAUUGGAUGAUCUCCGGGACUAACCGUGUUUAGUGAUUACAUAAGGCCCGUGUGAGUGAGAGAGAGGGAACGGGCUGGACCAGGGCAUGUCCUGAAGACUCACACAGCAGCAUUCUGAUGACACAUUUCAUGACCUGCUGAGGUGCUCCUGAUCUCCAGGGAGCUGCAGACUGAGAGGCAGCCAGAAUAUUCAACUGCAAGCAAGCAGCCAAAAAUACUAAAGAACAACAAAGAAUUGGAACAUCUUCCUCUUUUUUCUACAAAAGAAUGCUGAUGGUCAUUGUUUUCAUUGCAUCAUCAUUGUGAGCUGUAACUGUGGUGGCAUAACAUUUGAUAUUGGACUGAAAAGGGCAUUUUAUUGGACACCUGUCCAAAAAGAACAGAGGAAAACUUUAGCAUUCCAUAUACCUGUCACUUUUUUGUGUGGCAAAGGAGGAACAAGUAACAAUUGACCAAUGUCUGGACAAAAAAUCUACUCAUGCUAACUCCUUAACCUAACAGCUACAUCAUCAAAGAAGGCGUUGGUGUUACUCUCUGAAUUCUGGGAAACAGAAUGCCAGCCAAGACGCCCAUGUACUUAAAGACAUCCACACCCAAGCGGGGCAAAAAGUUAAAAUUGAGGGACGUUCUGUCUGGUGAUAUGAUCAGCCCUCCACUGGGGGACGUGCGCCACAGCGCCCAUGUUGGUCCGGAGGGUCAGGGCGAUAUGUUUGGUGACGUUGGCUUCCUGCAAGGCAAACUGGAUAUGUUGCCUGCUCUAACCAGACCACACCACCACCGCUCAAACAGCAUGGACAGGCACCUGGAUGAUAUUUUUGAUGUGAGCCCCAAAGGCCUGAACCACACAUAUGACACCCAUCGGAAUUCCCACCACACUUCUCAUCUCAAAAGCACCAUCUCAAUGCCUGUCUUCAUUGCACCUGAACAGCCUCCUCCUAAACCUCCUCGUCUACAUUUGGAGGAGAACUCCCCCCAUGAGCAGCAGAAUCAUUACAACCAACAGGAGCAGCAGAAGAACCACCACAACCAGCAAGAGCAGCAGAAGAACCACCCCAACCAGCAGGAGCAGCACAAGAAUCACCACAAUCAUCAGCAGCAGCGCUCCAUGUCCGUAUGCGAGGAAGUGAUAGGCUGCUGCAGAGAACCCUGCAAUGACCUCACUCUUUCAGCUUCUAUCCCUAUCCUCAGACACUUGGUUCCAUCCAAUGGCUCUUUUUCCGAGGCCUCUUCAGAUGACUCCAUGUCCGAGGGCUGCGGGCCACUGGACCCAAGUAGAGGUCUGAGCUUGGACUCUGACGCCGGCCUGAGUAACGAGGACCUGCGAAGUGACCGCAGCGAGUCGCCUGCACUGUCUCCGAGCAUGUCCCGCUCUGAGUCCCUUGCGGGCCUAGACCUGGACCUUGGACCGUCCAUCCUGGAGGACGUUCUCAGGAUCAUGGACCGUUACAAGAGCGUGGAGGAGAGGUGUGAGCUGUGAGUCAGCAAAAUGCCUUCAGAUUCACCAGGGAUGUCCAGAGGUGUUCAAUUCCAGUCCUGAAGGGUUGGCAUCCAUAAAGACUGAAGUUUCCCUGCUCAAGCAUGUGGACUCAUUUUUAAACAGAUGGUUUCAGUGAACCACAGAGACGAUGACACAUCAUUGGUCAAAAUCAAAGUUGAAUUAUGACUGCAUCUGUUCCUGUAUUACAGUACCUCUGAACUGGAGAUUUGAUUUUAUGUUUGUUUGUUUUGUUUUGUACUUUAUUAUACAUAAAAUACAAACAACAUAUUGGAGAUGAAGGAACUGAGAUUUUCACAGAUUUACAUAGGUUGCCUAUGCAUGCAUGGGCUUUAGUCCACCAAAUAGUGCUGGACUGAGGUCUUACAGGACUGGAGCUUUGUUUAGGUAUUGUAAUGAGGUUAUCAUUGCAUGACCUUGCACUUGUGUGCUAGUUCUCCAGAGACACUAUAAAAACUGGUUUGAACAAUCUUUACAUUUCAGAGGAGGAGAAACAGCGAACUUGUCAUCACCAGCUAACUAAUUUGCAAACAGAUGGUUUCUCUUUCAGUGAAUCAGAGAGAUUAUGACUUAUUGAUAGUAAACAAAGGAGACAACAUCUUUUUCUGUAUUACAGGCCGUGUGAACUGGAAGUGCAGAAUGUUUAAGAGAUAAUGUAUUCAUUGUUUUGUACUUUUACAAUCAAAAUACAAACAACAUAUUGAAGGUAAAGGGACUGAGAAUUUGGCUGCCUUAUAUAGGUUGUCAUUUUGAGUAGACUAACAAAAACCAGUCAAAUACAUAGAAGUGAAAUUCAGACAGCUUGCUUGUUACUUUCAGCACAAUAUAUGGUUAAAACUAGCUCAUGAUCUCGAUCACUAAUAAUAUGCUACGUACAAAUUCAAAAGUAAGUUAUUAUUAUGGGAGGCCCAUUUUUAUCUUGGGGUAUUAUACAACCAUACAUUCCAUUAUUGAUAUGUAUUAUAAUGUAAGAUUUAAAAUGGUUAUGUAAAUAAAAUGUUCUAGACUUCU